AUGUUGCGUCAGGGUUUGAACUUGGCUGCGGCCAGCGGAACUCUUUACCAGUCGGAAAGAGGUUUUGCUACCUUGAAGGAUAUUUCUAUUCGUCUGAAGUCUGUCAAGAACAUCCAAAAGAUCACCAAGUCCAUGAAGAUGGUUGCCGCUGCUAAAUACGCUAAAGCCGAGCGUGAUUUGAAGGGAGCCCGUUCUUAUGGUCAGGGUGCUCAAGCUUUCUUCGACAACUUGGAUUUGGCGAAGGAAGAAGAAGGAGCUGCUGCCAAGUCCGGACAAAAGAAGGUCUUUGUUUUGGUCACUUCUGACAGAGGUCUGUGCGGUGCUGUUCACACUUCUAUCAUCAAGGUAUGUUGUUUUUUAGUGAACGAUUUUAUGUUUAGACACAAGCAAAUGGCUUUGACGAUAUUAUGAAGCGUGACAUCUAUGUUGUGUUAAUUUAAUUCACACAUUCAAGUUAAAAAUUAUUUUAUUUUUAUUUUUAAUAAAACUAACUUUGAUUAUUUAGGAAGCGAAGAACAUCUUUGCUAAUAAGCCAGCUGAUGCCGAGUACAAGAUCGUAGCUAUUGGAGACAAGUCCAAGGCUGGUCUUCAACGUCUUUAUGGAAGUUCUUUCCUUUUCUCUGGUAACGAAAUCGGCAGAGCUCCACCAACCUUCGAGGAUGCUUCUAUUGCUGCCAACGCCAUCUUGAACUCUGGCUACGAGUUUAACGAUGGAGCUAUCAUCUAUAACUUCUUCAAAACUGUUGUUUCAUAUGAGACUAAGGUUCUGCCUUUAGUGCCAAUUGAGACUAUCAGAGCCAACGAGAACUUGAAUGUCUACGAUUCAGUAGAUGAUGAUGUUCUCCAAAGCUACAUCGAAUACUCGUUGGCGCAGUUGAUCUACUACGCUAUGAAGGAGAGUGCUACUAGCGAACAGGCCAGCAGAAUGACUGCUAUGGAUGGUGCUAGCAAGAACGCCGGUAAGUACUAUAACAUAAAGCUUUUUACUUUAUAAGACAUUUUACAAAGUUGAUUAUUUUGCAUUGUUAGUUUAAAAUAUUAUUAUGAUUUUUUUCAGGUGAGAUGAUUGACAAAUUGACUCUGCAAUUCAACAGAACACGUCAAGCUGUAAUCACCAGAGAGUUGAUCGAAAUUAUUUCUGGUGCCGCCGCCGUCUAA